GAAAUUAUUUUAGGUGUAUGUGUUUGUAGUCUCCUCUUCCUCGUGUUAAAAAUGGAUCCUUUCUCCAAUCUUAAGAAGUCCUUCAAAUCCCACGGUUCCUACAAGAACAUAAGAACCGGGCGGAGCAACCGUCAGACCGGCCACGAGGAGCUCCCCAUUCUCUCCGAUCAAGACAGCCUUCGGGCCGCCAUGGCCCCUGCCAAUCCAGGUGACCCCAGAAGCCCUAAGAUCGAUCGUGGGGUUUCUAAUGUGGAGGAAAUCGACCCUACCUCCUCCAUUCCGACCCCCACUCCCAGGGUUUGGAAGAAAAGUAGCUAUGAAUUUUGGAAGGAUAGAGAGCACGGUAGCGAUCAAAGUUUUGAUUCCACGCAAGGUGGGCGGCCGCAGCCGAUGGAUGAUUCACCGAUCUUGAACAAACAGAAGAACAACAGCAACAAUGAGAUUGCACUUGAUAUGGACUUGGAAAAGGAUGAAUUAAAACAAAAUCACUUCGGAGAUUCCAAACCCCCUUUAGAACCUCCCCUUUCGAAUCCGAGCCAGUGGAACGAGUCCUUUAGGCGAAGGUACAAGGAUUCUCCCAUGGAGGAACCACAAUCUCGCCCUUCAGAUUAUCAGCAGCAAAAUAAUAACGAGGUUUUGAGGUGCUCAUCAAAUGCGUCGUUCCAGAGAGCGGCAGAUUUGCUCGCUCGAAUGAAGACAAAAUCGAGGCUAAUAGACCCACAACCGGAGGAGGUAGAAUUUUUCAAAUCAGGCCUGAUGGGGAAAUCCGAGCAGACGAUGAUGAGGUCUGGCUUGCUGGGGAAUAAGGCUGUUGACGAUGACGAAGAUGACCCAUUUGCCGAUGAAGACUUACCUGAAAAAUACAGAAAGGCAAAUUUCAAUUGUCUAACUCUACUUCAAUGGGUGAGCUUGGUUCUCCUCAUCGCCGCAUUGCUCUGCUCUCUUUUGAUUCGGCCCUUAAAACAGAUAGUUGUGUGGAAACUCAUAUUGUGGAAAUGGUUAGUACUGAUUCUCGUUCUUAUAUGCGGUAGAUUGGUUUCGGGUUGGGGAAUUAGGUUGAUUGUGUUCUUUAUAGAGAGGAAUUUCCUCUUGCGCAAAAAGGUUCUCUAUUUCGUUUAUGGAGUUCGAAGAGCCGUGCAGAAUUGCCUCUGGUUAGGUUAUGUUCUGCUUGCAUGGCAUUUCUUGUUUGACAAGAAAGUUGAAAGAGAAAGCAAAAGUGCAUUCCUCAAAUACAUCACCAAGGUUUUGAUCUGUUUGUUAGUUGGGACUCUGCUUUGGUUGGUUAAGACAUUGAUUGUUAAAGUUCUAGCUUCAUCGUUUCAUGUCAGCACAUACUUCGACCGAAUUCAGGAAACUCUAUUUAAUCAGUAUGUGAUUGAGACAUUGUCUGGGCCGCCAGUGAUUGAGAUCCAGCAGUUAGAAGAAGAGGAGGCCAGGACUGAAUUAGAGAUCCUGAAGUUGCAGAAUGCAGGGAUUACUCUCCCGCCUGACCUCCGUGCAACCGCCUCGCCGCCCAGUUGUGGGACGAAGAAGGUUUAUCAGAAAAGUAGUACCUUUAUAUCAAAGAGUGGAAUGCUUAGCCGUGGAGGUUCAAAGAAGGAUGAGAAGGGGAUUUCGAUAGAAGAUUUGCACAAACUUACCCACAAGAAUAUUUCAGCCUGGAACAUGAAGAGGUUGAUGAACAUAGUCCGCCAUGGCUCACUGUCAACCUUGGAUGAGCAGAUUCUUCACGGUGAACAUGUCAGAGAGGAUGAUUCAUCAAAACAGAUCACAAAUGAACGUGAAGCCAAGGCUGCUGCCAGGAAAAUCUUCCAGAAUGUUGCUCGUCGUGGUUCACAGUACAUUUUCUUGGAGGAUUUGUUUCGAUUUAUGAGAGAUGAUGAGGCUCUGAAGACGAUGACUCUCUUUGAAGGUGCUCGUGAAACCAAGAGAAUUAGCAAGAAAGCAUUGAAGGACUGGGCGGUAAAUGCUUUCAGGGAAAGGAGAGCUCUUGCCUUGACUCUGAAUGAUACCAAGACGGCCGUGAACAAGCUUCAUCAUAUGGUGAACAUCAUUGCUGCCACCAUUAUAGGCGUUAUCUGGCUUAUUAUACUUGAAAUUGCCACCUCCAAAUUCCUCCUCUUUGUCAGUUCUCAGCUGGUCCUCGUAGCCUUUGUCUUCGGUAAUACCUGCAAGACAAUAUUUGAAGCCAUCGUCUUCUUGUUCAUUAUACACCCCUUUGAUGUGGGUGACAGGUGUGAGAUUGACGGGGUUCAGAUGGUGGUGGAGGAGAUGAAUAUUCUUACUACAAUCUUCCUCAGAUAUGACAAUCUCAAGGUUAUAUAUCCCAAUAGUGUUCUUUCAACGAAGCCUAUCAUGAACUUUUACCGAAGUCCAGACAUGGGAGAUGCAGUAGAGUUCUGUGUCCACAUAGCCGCACCAGCAGAGACGAUUUCUCUUAUAAAGAAGAGAAUCACAAGUUAUAUCGAGAACAAGAAGGAGCACUGGUAUCCUUCUCCAUUGAUUGUAGCCAAGGAUUUGGACGGACUGAACAUGUUGAGGAUGGCGGUGUGGCCUUGCCACCGGAUGAAUCACCAGAACAUGGGCGAGAGGUUUUCUAGGAGAUCUCUGUUAGUGGAAGAGAUGGCGAAAAUCUUAAGAGAGACUGACAUGCAAUACCGGAUGCACCCUUUCGAUAUCAAAGUGGUCUCUAUGCCUCCUAUUACCUCUACUAGAAAUCCCUUUACUCGACCACCGGAAACUUCAGCAGAACAUCAGUGAGGAACUCAAUUUCAUCGUCAGAAUUUUAUUCUUGUUUUUUUCCCCACUUUCUUCUUCAUUUCUGUAGUGAAUUUUCCUGAAAUCAACACAAUAAUUUCAACUGCAGUAUCACUAUGCAGUAAUGUUGUCUUGUGCUUAGAUUUUCGAUAUGCUUGAGGUGAUUAAUUAUUAGGUUUUUUCACUGAACAGCUCCAAACAAAAGUUUUCAUUUUCU